AAGACUUCACGGCUUCGCCAUAUAUAAUGCUCCACUGGACGAAUUCAAAAACACUCGUCAAAUUCGUUUUACCCGCGCUUGCAUCUGAAGAACUCUCUAACCAAAAACUUCCCUCUCUCAUCCGAAAAUGCCUGAGUUCAAAGCUGAAGAGCAGAGCCAGCUACAGCUCGUUGAAAGAGAAGAAAUCGAAGAUGAAGAAGAACUGUUCGAGGCAAUUGAUAAGCUGACAUCUCUUGGAAUCAAUGCUGGAGAUGUGAAGAAGCUGCAGGAUGCUGGCAUUUAUACAUGCAAUGGACUAAUGAUGCACACUAAGAAGAGUCUGACUGGCAUCAAAGGACUAUCUGAGGCAAAAGUUGAUAAGAUAUGUGAAGCUGUUGAAAAAAUAGUGAACUUUGGUUACAUUACCGGAAGUGAUGCUCUGUUGAAAAGGAAAUCAGUCGUUCGCAUCACAACUGGAAGCCAGUCUCUGGAUGAACUCUUAGGGGGUGGGAUAGAAACUUCGGCAAUAACAGAAGCUUUUGGGGAAUUCAGAUCUGGAAAAACACAGCUGGCUCACACUCUGUGUGUUUCCACACAGCUUCCUACUAGCAUGAAAGGAGGAAAUGGAAAGGUUGCUUACAUCGACACAGAGGGGACAUUCCGACCGGAUCGAAUCAUACCCAUUGCUGAAAGAUUCGGAAUGGAUCCAGGAGCUGUGCUUGAUAAUAUCAUAUAUGCGCGUGCUUACACAUAUGAGCAUCAGUACAACCUGCUUCUUGGUCUAGCAGCCAAAAUGGCUGAGGAGCCUUUCCGGCUUCUGAUUGUUGAUUCGGUGAUAGCCCUUUUCCGAGUCGACUUCACAGGAAGAGGAGAACUUGCAGAACGUCAGCAAAAAUUGGCCCAGAUGCUCUCGAGGCUGAUGAAGAUUGCGGAGGAAUUCAAUGUGGCUGUUUACAUGACCAACCAGGUUAUUGCUGACCCUGGAGGUGGUGUCUUCAUUUCCGAUCCUAAGAAGCCAGCUGGCGGUCACGUCCUUGCCCAUGCGGCCACUAUAAGGCUCAUGUUCAGGAAGGGAAAAGGCGAGCAACGUAAGCAAGUUUUCCAGAUAACUCCAGGUGGGAUUGCGGAUGCAAAGGAUUGAAUCAACUGCUAUUUCAUCUCUUUAAGGUUUUACUUACAGGAAAAUGCAAAUAUUGAAAUUAGUAUGCUCGACUGCUUCUUUAAAGUGUGACGUCUUAGGCCGAAACAAAUUUAGUGUUACUGCGUUUUAUGAUGCUGCUUCUUCAUACAUUCGCCUAGAGUUCCGUUUAUGCUACACUGUUUGUCCCUAGCAGAUUGAAAAUUGAAAUGUGUAUCCCCUGGCCUCAGGCUUCUACUUGAAUAUGUCAUCUGUGAAGAAAACAUUAUUAUUUCCAACUAGUUUUACUUCGCUAUCAAUUGUGUAUUGGUAUAAGACUUGACAGGCCGGAAAUCCUGAGGAUAUGACUGUUGCUAAAUAUUUCUAAACUAUGUUCAAACCCUGCUUUUUUCUGCAUCAAU